AGCUAAGUAUACGUACUGUAGAUCUAUUCGAAUCAUCAGAUUUUAUGUCUUGCUUUAAAUACGGAUAAAUACAGAGUCAAACAGAUCACGAUGGGCGAUGGACACAACAUCGAGAGCAUAAUCUGGAUGAUCAAGAACGGCGUGUACGACGAGGUGGAGCGCAUAUUCCUAGCCGGAUCGCUUAAUGUGAACGAUCAGAUGGGCGUCUGGUUCCCCUCGGCCUACGCCGCCGACUUCGGCCAGCUGAAGCUGCUAAAGUUCUUUGUGCGGAUCGGCGCGGAGGUGGACAGGAAGGACAAGUACGGCAUCACACCGCUCCUGGCGGCCAUAUGUGAGGGGCAUACGCGCUGCGUCGAGUUCCUGCUCCAGAUGGGAGCCAGUCGCACGGAGCGCACGCCCGAGGGGCAGAGCUACGCGGGGGCCGCCAAGCAGGAGGACAUUCGACGGCUCCUGGCGCGGGACUGAUGUCCUUGGGGUUGUCCUCCUAACUCCGGACAGGGGAUACGUAUGGGAGACAUUUUGCAAAUUUUUAGUGUAACCACUUCACUUGCUACCCGACUGAUUGUUGCACAAGCGGACCUGCUUUUAAGUUUGAAGUUUAAACAAUUUUCUAUUUCUUAAGUUGUAAGAAAAUAUAUAUAAUAAUUCAGCUGAAAGUAGCUGAAUCUGAUUAUAAUCGAGGCCGCUCUUGAGUAUCAUAAAUCAACAAAUUCAUU